AUGGCCAUCCAUCGCGCCCUCAAGAAGGCUCCCUCUCCCCGCGCAUCCCCCGCCAAACGCACGAAGCGCGCCGCCGCUGCCGUCCAGUCGGCCAAGCGUACCACCCGCAGCCCCUCCUCGCGCAAGUCGACGUCGCCCCCCUCAUCGUCCCCAUCGCCAUCCCCCUCCCCCUCCCCCAAGCGUCGUCGAUCGACCGGCUCCUCCUCCUCCGAGAGGGGGACUCGGAAGACCAACCGGGACCAACGGAACGUCAUCGUUGUUUGCUCCCCCGCCAUCGCGUCCUACACCGACGCUGGCGUGCGCUGCUCGUACUGUAGGGUGGCCUUCAGGACUGACAAUCGCAACGGGGGCCUCGGUCUGUCCAACUUCAGGCGGCACUUGGUCGAUCAGCACCCCAAGGGGACGUUCGUCGAGGGCCCGAUGGGUGAGCUCGAGGUCCUGGGGCUGCGGCACGCGCAUCCGUUUGCGGGAGAGACGUCGUGUAAGCUUGCGAACGCGGAUGAUUACGAGCGUGAGGGGCUGGGUACUGCAGCGCUCGCUGCGCAGGACGAGGCGGACAAGAAGGAUGCCGCUGAGACUCUGAUUGCGUUCUCUGAGAAGCUAGUGCUAUUCUCUGGGUCUGAGAUACCUCCCCGCUUCCGUGUCGCCUCCCAUGAGCAGCUCUGA